UGGUGUGCUGUGUCCCAGGGAUCACCAAUCAAUGGAAAGAGAUGAAGAUGUCGGCUUGGUCAUGUGAUCAGCUGUGUCCAAUCACAGCUGAUCAUGUGGGACAUCUACACUGAUCAUCAGGGCACUGAUGAUCAGUGUGCCCUGAUGAUCAGCGUAGCUCCAGCAGUGCCACCUGUCAGUGCCCAUCAAUGCCAGCUGUCAGUGCCCAUCAGUGCCCAUCAAUGCCACAUGCCAGUGCCUACCAGUGCACAUCAAUGCCACAUAUCAGUGCCCAUCUGAGCUGCCUUUCAGUGUCAUCAGUGCCAGUCAGUGCCACCUAUCAAUGCCAGUCAGUGCCACCUAUCAGUGCUGCCAUCAGUGCCAGUCAGUGCACCUAUCAGUACCCAUCAGUGCCGCCUAUCAAUGCCAGUCAGUGCCGCCUAACAGUG